CUUCUGUUCUUUGGGAUUCUUCUGUUCUUCCACUCUUUAGAACUGAGGCCAGUUUAGAUGCAAUACUGCUGCUUCAUUGCCUUUUUUAUUAUAAUUAUUAUCAUUCAUUAAUAGGUGCUUGUGUGGUCACAAGGUGUCUUGUGUGUGUGUGUGUGUGUGUGUGUGUGUGUGUGGCAGGCAGGCAGACACUCGAGCUGGAACAGAGAGGAGUGAACUUGCGCUACAGGAUCACAUGAGAAGGUGAGUUGGAGGGCUUUAAGUGGAGAACUCCAGAGUACCAGGUCUUACACUCUGCUUUACCUGCUUCACUUUAUCAACGUUCACCCUCCAGAAAACUUAAGAGUUGACACCCUGGGCAUGACCUCCAGCACAGCUGACGCAAUGGUUGGGUUAAGGUGUGUCCCGGCCUCUGGCCCCUGCCGUGGAUGUCUGUCACCAUGGCCAAGCGCGAGACGGGCAGCACGAGUCCAGUGGUGCGGCAAAUAGACAAGCAGUUCCUGGUCUGCAGCAUCUGCCUCGAUCACUACCACAACCCAAAAGUCCUGCCCUGCCUGCACACCUUCUGUGAACGGUGCUUACAGAACUACAUCCCACCCCAGUCUCUGACCCUGUCCUGCCCGGUGUGCCGACAGACCUCCAUCCUGCCUGAAAAGGGCGUGGCAGCUCUGCAGAAUAAUUUCUUCAUCACCAACCUGAUGGAGGUGCUGCAAAGAGAUCCGGAGUGCUCCCGGCCCGAAGCCUGCAGUGUGCUGGAGUCGGUCAGCGCCGCGGCCGCUGGCAAACCUCUGUCCUGCCCCAAUCACGAGGGCAAGGUGAUGGAGUUCUAUUGCGAGUCGUGUGAAACAGCCAUGUGUCUGGACUGCACGGAGGGCGAGCACCGGGAACAUGUGACUGUCCCACUGAGGGACGUCCUGGAGCAGCACAAAGCAGCACUGAAGAACCAGCUCGACGCCAUCCGCAACAGGCUUCCUCAGCUAACAGUGGCUAUAGAGCUGGUCAGUGAAAUUUCCCGGCAGCUCACAGAGCGAAAGAACGAAGCGGUGAAUGAGAUAAGUUGCACCUUUGAAGAGCUGGAGCGAGCGCUGCACCAGCGCAAGGCUGCCCUCAUCGCUGAUCUGGAGAACAUCUGCAGCACCAAACAGAAGGUGCUGCAGGCACAGCUGUCUUCCUUGCAGCAGGGUAAAGAGAACAUCCAGAGCAGCUGCAGUUUCACAGAGCAGGCCCUGAGCCAUGGCAGUGCCACUGAAGUACUGCUGGUGCAGAAACAGAUGAGCGAGAGGGUCAGCGCCCUCGCACGCCACGACUUCCCUGAGCGCCCGCACGAGAACGCCCACCUGGAGUGUCAGGUGGAGACGGAGGGACUGCGGCGCUCCAUCCAGAACCUGGGCGUGUUGCUGACCACCAGCGCGGUUGGACACACCAGCGUGGCCACCGGAGAGGGUCUGAGACACGCCGUUAUCGGCCAGCACGUUACAAUAACCGUCACCACCAAAGACAAAGACGCAGAACUGGUGAGGACCGGAAACGCUGCUUUAAAAGCAGAGAUAACAGGACACGAUGGGGGGCGUGUGGCUGAGGUAGAGGUGGUGGACAAUAAGAAUGGAACGUAUGAGGUGGGCUAUACGCUAAAGAGUGAGGGGGAGUACUCCGUCUCUCUGCUGCUGUACGGCCAGCCCGUCCGUGGAAGCCCCUUCAGGCUGCGUGCUGUAAAACCUUGUGAUGUGCCCCAGUCUCCGGAUGACGUGAAGAGGAGAGUGAAGUCCCCAAGUGGGACUGGAGGCCACAUCCGACAGAAAGCUGUCCGGAGACCCUCCAGCAUGUACAGCACCACAAAGAAGAAGGAGAACCCUAUCGAGGAUGAGCUGAUCUACAGAGUAGGCACAAGAGGAAGGGAGAAGGGAGAGUUCACUAAUCUACAAGGCAUCUCCACCUCCAGCAGUGGCAGAGUGGUAGUUGCAGAUAGCAACAACCAGUGUAUACAGGUGUUUACUAAUGACGGGCAGUUUAAACUAAGGUUUGGAGCACGUGGUCGCUCCCCAGGGCAGCUGCAGAGGCCAACAGGAGUGACUGUAGACAUGAAUGGAGACAUCAUAGUGGCAGACUAUGACAACCGAUGGAUAAGCAUCUUCUCCUCAGAUGGGAAGUUUAAGAAUAAGAUCGGGGCGGGGAGGCUGAUGGGCCCAAAGGGUGUUGCUGUGGACCGAAACGGCCACAUCAUCGCAGUGGAUAACAAAGCCUGCUGUGUCUUCAUCUUUCAGUCGAAUGGAAAACUGGUCACCAAAUUCGGGGCCAGGGGCACCUCAGACAGACAGUUUGCAGAAAAAAGUGGUGUAAACUUUGCACUGGAGCAAAAGCUUAGUAAAUCUGGCCCUGGGUUCAGUCCUCACUUUGUGGCUGUGAACAACAAAAAUGAGAUCAUAGUGACGGACUUCCAUAACCAUUCUGUUAAAGUGUUCAGUGCCGACGGAGAGUUCCUCUUUAAGUUCGGCUCUCACGGUGAAGGAAAUGGCCAGUUUAAUGCACCAACAGGAGUAGCUGUGGAUGCUAAUGGCAACAUCAUUGUAGCAGACUGGGGCAACAGCAGGAUACAGGUGUUCGACUGCUCAGGGUCCUUCCUGUCCUACAUCAACACGAGUGCAGACCCUCUGUAUGGGCCUCAGGGUCUGGCCCUCACCUCGGAUGGUCACGUGGUGGUGGCUGACUCGGGAAACCACUGCUUUAAGGUGUAUCGUUACCUGCAGUAGCGCCGGGGCCGGCGUGCAGGAGCCGCCUCCACCUCUCCUGCUUUCCCUCUCGUCAAACCCUGUUUUGCACAUUCAUUUCGGCUCGGAACUCUCAACCCAACCCCAGCGGAGAACGAACGGAAAGCACGAGAGCACUUUCCCCCCCCUUCCUUCUUCUAAUGAUGCUGUGCCCCCUUCCUCCUCUCCCCCAAAGAAAGCUAAAAAUACCAGAGUGAGUGAACUGUUGUUAUUGGUAGUAUUUGGUCCUGACCUUAUGAUUGUUUGGGAGGGGGCGGCAGAUAAUCAUAUUGAAAAGCACAGAUGUUUUACAGUAAUCACUAACCUCUAACUCCAGAGGUCAACGUUAAAUUAAAAGUUUGAGUUGUAUAUAUUUCACUGAGCGAAUUGUUGGUUUCUUUUUGUUAUGAUUUUUUUUUUUAAACGAGUGUCUUAACCUUGUUGAAGAGUCACUAGUUUUUUAGGUGGGUUUGGGCUUAGAACGAAAGUAAAGCCUCUGUACCAGCUUCCUAUUCUUCACUCUCUCUCCUUCAGAACGGAGUCACACUGUCUGUCCUUCGACUGCAACACCACGUGGGUUUUCUGACUGUGUAUUUGUAUCUAUAACGCAUAUCCGUGAACCUGUAAAUAUGCAUAUGUGUGUAUAUAUCUGAGAAUAUAUAUGUAUAUGUAACCUGUACAUGUAGCGUUUUUUGGCUUCUUCUCAGCAUAUGUAUUAUUAUGUAUGACGUCACUGUUUACCACUGGUCUGUCGCAACCCCUCGGCUGUACAGAGCUAGUGCUUAGAGUAGCUUUCUUGCAAUCUGGGCACCUAGAGCGUACUGCUGUAUUACCAGUGAGCUUCGAAGUCACAGCACACUCCUCACGGUCUUUGGAAAAGCUCAAAACACAGAGCCAAAAAAGGAUUUAAUUUUAUUUUUCUGGGGUUCUUUUUUUCCAAAUUUUUAUUUUUCUAUUUUGUCAGCCUGUGUUCUGUGUGGGGGUUCUCCUAUUCAAAAAAAAAAGAAAAACCUGUGGAGAAAUAUAUAUAAAAAAAAAACUUAAAAGACAUAUAUAUUGUGUCAGUCAAUUCUCUAUAGACAUAUAGCCACUAUUGGUGCUGUUCCACUGUAUGGUACCUAUACUGCUUAAUUUGUCUUAAUUUGCUUUUUCAUCAGGCAAAUUUGGUACCUGUUACCUGAACCCGCGUCGUUUUUAGUACGUGCUCUAGGCCUGUCCCAAAAAAUCUGAUCUGAGUGAUUGCAAGAGUGAAUGCAAGAGCCCUCAGAAUUCUACCAAUGAAGUGUGGAGCUACUUUGAGUUUUUUAAUGGUUAAAAAUAGUGAUUUCUUUGCGUAGGUAAUGCUAUGCCCCUAUCUCUAGUAUUGUAAGGCUGUUGGGGCAUCUGCUAAAAUCACUGUAUUUGGGAAUGCUGGAGGAGAAUGGAGGUGGGCAAUUUAACAAACGUUUGGACUCGUUAUCAAGUUUCAUUUCAUUUCACACUGGAGUUCUCCUUUAAAAGUCAUUGCUUUUUAAAGGGUGCAGUUGUUAUUGUUUUUUUUAAACUAGGGGCAUAACAUUACAUUAAUAUUGUUCAUUAUAAUAAUUUUUAGGUAACACUUUCUAUGAAUGUCAUCUCUAUAAGACUAUAAACAUCUUCGUAACACAUUAUAAUUAACAUAUUUAUAAAACUCUAUAAUUCAUCAUAGCCAUGUUUAUUAUGCAUCAUGAACUGUGAUUAUAAUGCAUUAAUAGCUGUGUUUAUAACAUGUUAUACGUCAAUACCAAAAAAGUCAGUCCCAGCUUGUAGACUUGUAUCAUGACUAAAAAAUCUUCCAACUUAUAAACACACCCUCAGUAAUCCUAGAAAUAUAUGUUUAACCACUCAUGAAUUAUACUUGUCUUGAAUAUAAUAUUAGUUAUAGUCAAUUAUAAUGUAUUAUAACAGGUCUUUGUGCGCUCUAAGUAAAGUGACAGACUUCCAUUGUAGGACUAGAUUAUUAACGAUAGAUAUAAACUAUUUUAACAUGUAUAUUAUAAGAGUAGCUUAUAAUGUAUUAUGAUCACAAGUCAUAAUGCUUAAUAAACAUGGCUAUAGUGGGUUAUGCAUUUUUAUAAAUAUUUAUAGCCAUGGUCAUAAUGCCUUAUGAAUGCAUUAUAAUAUAUUAUGAUAGUAGUUAUAGAGCCUAAUAAAGAAGACAUUCAUAGGAAGUGUUACCAUUCUUUAUUAUUUCUGGGACAAUAUAAACAAAAACAAAAAGAUUCUAUGGUUGCUCAAUGUUCCAAGCGAGCCAAGUAGGGACUAAAAUAUAAUGCAGAGCACUGAUUGGCCAGAGCGAAUAGUCAUUCAAACACAGUGUUGGUGUUUUGCAAUGUCGCCAGCUAUAGUACAUUUCAGUGGGGUUAUGGAAAAUGAACAAGGUACCAGAACACAAGUAGACUCAAGUAGAGUAGAAACUAUGCAGUGGAAAAACACCAUAUGCUAAUUUCCUGUACUGUCAGGUCCAUGUUAGGUACUGUACUUAAGCAAAAUUUAAAGAAACUAUUUUUAGUUUAGAGAUAGAACGAUCAAUCGUCUGUGUAUCGGCCGAUUUUCAGCCAAAAUAUUAAAUAAUGCUACUGUGCUGUUUAAAAAAUCUAAUUACAGUAAUAUUUUAAGGACAAUUUAGGCCAAGAUAGGAUAGGCCUUCAUAGGGUUGCUAAAUCACGUGGCCGUGCUUGAACCGUCAAUUACCGCUUGCGGCUAUAUUUAUUAUUAUUAUUCUUUUUCUCAAAUUUGUACACAAGGUACAGUAGGACUUUGCAGAUCAUUUCUGAUGAUCAAAUUAACAGAUCAUUUAUUUUCUUCCCACUUUAAGUUCUACAGUGCAGUUCUGAAUGGAUAAUCACAGACUGGAGCUGAGCUGUAGUGUUAGAUUAUUGUUAACUUUUUAUUAUAUUUAAUGGUAAUUAACAGUAGGCUAUUUUAAGCAGUGAGGUGGCAUUGAGAUGUUGGGAUACCCUUUUCUGUGAUAUUGACAUUGUUUAAGUAAACAAAAUCAUAAUUUAAAAAAUGUAACUAUUUACAUAUAUAUCUUUCUCCUGAAAUCUGUUUAAUUUGAUGAGUAAAUUAGUUCCGUUUAUUUACAGUCAGGUUAGAUUCCCAGUGUUUGCUUACAGGUGGCUGUUAUAAGACGGAGCUAUAGCAAUUUAUAGUAUCUGUGUGGCUCAGAGUUGCCAGGUUCGCGGUUUUCCGGCCAAACUGGGCUUGUUUGAAAAUCCAGUCGCGGGUGAAAAUUCAAGGGUGGCGGGAUGCGUUUUUUGGGCUACUUAAAAAAAAAAUGAUUUAAGUAAAAAUCAUUUUUUGACUAAUUAUGUUACUAUUAAAUGUUCUUGACUGGGAUAUAAACUGUUUUAAAAUAACUAAUAAAACAUAAAACACUAAGGUUACAAAAUUAUUAAUGAAAGAUAAAUAUCAAUACUGAUAAUAAAUCCCUUAUAAACAAAAUACUAAGUCUUACACACAUCACAUAGUUGUUCAGUCUUUUGCUUCAAACGUCUGACAGACAUAUUUCGGGCUAGUUAAGCUUCUAAAGGGCGGGUUUUAGACUGACUUUGGGCUGGAUAUUUUUGUUGGACCUGGCAACCCUGGUGUGGCUUUAAUUUGGCGUUUCGCCCCACCCAAGAUCGGUAUCAGCGAUCAGCCGAUCGAGCUGAAAGAAAUCAGAACCAAAAACACAGAUCGGUCCGUCUCUAAUUAUUACUGUCCAGAUACUUAUGGAUCGGACUGUAUACAGAAUUCUAUCUUUCUUUGUACAUAAUCAUGUUCAUUUCUGCUACCAGUGGGUCAUUGUGAUUUCAGUGUGGCAUAGAAAAUGCCAUGUUUUUAUCAGUAUUUCAUAUAUUUUUUUAAUUUAUUUGAUGUUUUGUAAAAAAAAAAAAGUCUCGAUUCUCUGAUUUGUGCGUUUUUAGAAGUGCCCUGCACGAUCCCCACCAGCCAAAGCUCUCAGAACCGUCUUUCUCUUUUCUGUUUUCUCCUGAAGGCCUCUUCUGUGUGUGUGUGUGUAUGUGUGUGUGUGUCAUAGAUCUAAAUUGUCUGUUACACUAUGAGAGAGGUAUAUAUGAAGGGUGGGUUGUGGCUGAGCUGGUGAAGGUCUGUCUCUGUGUCCGUGCGAGAAUUCUGCAUGAUAAUGAGGAUUUACCAGCAGUCGGGACAUUAUCUACUGCACCAGUGAAGUACUUGUAAUGCUGUAUCAUCUUCGGCCAGUCAUUAAAACAGUUUUCUAUUAUACAGUUUGGUGA